CCCAAAAUGUCAGCACUCUAGGAGCUCGUGCACCGGGGUUAUUACAGGAGUAUUUACUUUAAAGGUUCAUGUAUUAUUACUAUUUAUUUAAUCGCUGGUACAGUUCACCGGCGGUCCGCCACUGAGCUGUAUCCACAGUUAGCUAACGCUAGCUGACGUUUAUUUACCUUCCUUAUCAUGCUGCUGUCAGGCUACUAGCUCAACGAAAACAUGUCGGUCUCUCUAGUCUCUCCCCUGUUAAGACGUGUCGUACAGUUCAAACUGUACAGAAGGAAAAUACACAACUAUAGCAUGACCUGCACAGUGUUGAGACACCGCUGGAUGAAAGGGCUGCCUGUUUUCUCCAGCGGCUUCAGGAUGGUCAGCACACAAACAGACAAACAGGGGACCAUUGACCUGUCCAAGUUCCCUGUGGAGAGAAUCAGGAAUUUUUGCAUCAUUGCCCAUAUUGACCAUGGAAAAAGCACUUUGGCUGACAGGCUGCUGGAGAUGACUGGUGCCAUAGCAAAGACUGAGAAGAACAAGCAGGUUCUGGACAAGCUUCAGGUGGAGCGAGAGAGGGGCAUCACCGUGAAGGCCCAGACAGCCUCGUUGUUUUACAGCCACGAGGGAGAGCAGUACCUACUGAACCUCAUCGACACACCGGGUCACGUUGACUUCAGUUAUGAGGUGUCUCGAUCCAUUUCUGCGUGCCAAGGUGUCCUGUUGAUUGUUGAUGCUAAUCAGGGGAUUCAAGCGCAAACGGUGGCUAACUUCUACCUGGCUUUCGAAGCUCAGCUGACAAUCAUCCCUGUCAUCAACAAGAUUGAUUUGAAGAAUGCAGAUCCAGAGAGGGUGGAGUCACAGAUUGAAAAGGUGUUUGAUAUCCCUCGUGAAGAGUGCAUCCGGAUCUCAGCUAAACAGGGAACAAACGUUGAAAUGGUUCUCGAAGCGGUCGUGAACAGGAUUCCACCGCCCGUGGCAAGCAUCAAUGACCCAUUCAAAGCCCUGGUGUUUGACUCCAAUUUCGACCACUACAGAGGAGUGGUGGCCAACAUCGCCGUGUUCGGAGGUCAGGUCAGAAAAGGGGACAAAAUCAUGUCGGCGCAUCUCGCCAAAACCUACGAGGUCAACGAGCUGGGGCUUCUCCGACCAGAUGAGCACCCGACACAGAAGCUGUUUGCAGGCCAGGUGGGCUACAUAAUAGCAGGGAUGAAAGAUGUGAAGGAGGCCCAGAUUGGUGACACACUGUACCUCCAGGAGCAGCCAGUGAAGGCUCUGCCAGGGUUUAAACCUGCUAAAGCCAUGGUCUUUGCUGGCAUGUAUCCGAUGGACCAGUCAGAAUAUCCAGGCCUUCGCAGUGCCAUUGAGAGGCUGACCCUGAAUGACUCCAGUGUCACAGUGCAGAGAGACAGCAGUCUGGCCCUGGGGGCAGGCUGGAGACUUGGCUUCCUGGGUCUUCUCCAUAUGGAGGUGUUCAAUCAGAGGCUGGAGCAGGAAUACAAUGCCUCCGUUAUAGUAACAGCGCCCACCGUGCCCUACAAGGCUGUCCUCUCAUCAGCCAAGCUCAUCAAGGAACACGGCAGUGAGGAGAUAACCAUCGUGAACCCUGCCCACUUCCCAGACAGGUCGGUUGUGUCGGAGUACAUGGAGCCCAUGGUGCUCGGGACCAUUCUGGCUCCAGACACUUACACCGGCAAGAUCAUGGCGCUCUGCUUAAAUCGCAGAGCUAUCCAGAAGAACAUGGUGUACAUAGACGACCAGCGCGUCAUGAUGAAGUAUCUCUUCCCGUUAAAUGAAGUUGUUGUGGAUUUCUAUGACCUCCUCAAAUCGCUGUCAUCUGGAUAUGCAAGCUUUGAUUAUGAGAAUGCAGGCUACCAGGCAGCUGAUUUGAUAAAGAUGGACAUUCUGCUGAAUGGGCGGCCGGUGGAAGAACUCACCACAAUCGUACACAGAGAACGUGCAUACCCUUCAGGGAAAGCCAUGUGUGAGCGACUCAAAGACUCCAUACCGAGGCAGAUGUUUGAGAUAGCUGUACAGGCAGCUAUCGGAAGUAAGAUCAUCGCAAGGGAGACAAUAAAGGCGUUCAGAAAGAAUGUUCUCGCUAAAUGUUACGGAGGUGACAUAACACGUAAGAUGAAGCUGCUGAAGAGACAGGCAGAGGGCAAAAAGAAGAUGAGGCGUAUCGGCAACGUGGAAGUUCCCAAAGACGCCUUCAUUAAUGUUCUGAAGAGAAAAGAAAAAUAGACUGCAAUACUAUUAGUAUCUUAUUAUGUAAUGAUAUUAUUAUUCUAUAGAACAGGUCUUUGUUUGUGAAAGGCCUUACUGAAUAAAGCUGUCAUUGGUCCUGA